AAUUAGAGUACUAAAUGGAUGGUUUUGAUGAAGGAAACCAGCAACUUUUCUUUUGGUCUGCUUAAGUAAAUCAUCAUAUACCAUAUUAUAAACAAUUUGAAAAUAAAAUGGACGGUUAGCUAUCUUCAAUAAUUGAGCAAUGUUAUAGACUGUUGCAGUGGAUUUUCAAGAGAGGCAAAGAGAGACACCUGAAGAUCAGAGGAAUGGAUUCCAAUCCAAGUAGCAAGAAGCAAGACAUGAAGAAGACAAUGAAGCAGUCAAUGCUGCUAUGUUGUAAGCUUUUCAUCUCAGAAUCCCGAAACACUGCAGCAUUAGAAUCGGUGGAACGAUCCGCUCGACUCAACCCUGAAACGGUGGUCGUGAACAAGUUCGAAGAUAGAGCUUAUAACCGAGUUAGGUACACGAUGGUAUCGUAUGUGACUCAUGAUAACACGGGGAACGCCGUGUAUAGUCCACUGCAACAGACGGUGAUUGCGAUGGUGGAGGCAGCUUAUGAGGCCAUUAACCUGGAGCACCACUCCGGUGCUCACCCUCGGCUUGGCGUGGUUGACCAUAUCUCCUUCCAUCCUCUAGCUCGGGCUUCCUUGGACGAAGCUGCUUGGCUCGCUAAACUUGUCGCUUCCGAUCUCGGUAACAGACUCCAAGUUCCUGUAUUUUUAUAUGAAGCUGCACACCCAACAGGGAAAGCCCUUGACACCAUCCGGCGUGAACUCGGGUACUACCGGCCAAAUUCAAUGGGUCAAUGGGUCGGGUGGGCAUUACCCGAAAUCCUCCCAGAAAUGCCAGAUAUGGGUCCAUCUCAAGUUUCUAGAGCCAGAGGCAUUGCUCUGAUAGGGGCAAGCCCCUGGUUUGCUACAUACAAUGUUCCAGUCAUGUCUACAGAUUUAUGUGCUGCAAGAAGAAUUGCUCGGAUGGUGAGUGAGAGAGGGGGAGGACUUCCAAGGGUUCAAACACUUGGUCUGGUUCAUGGCGAGGAGUCGACCGAGAUAGCCUGCAUGCUAUUGGACCCGAACCGGGUCGGAGCUGAUCGGGUACAGAGCCAAGUGGAGAUGCUGGCUGCCCAAGAAGGAUUGGAUGUGGAGAAGGGCUAUUUCACUGAUUUAUCCCCAGAGAUGAGUGUUGAGACUUAUAUGAGACUAGUGAAUGGUAAUGAAGUUAACAUGGUUAGAUGAAAUGAUCUAAACUAUAUUCCUGACUCUGGAUAUUUGACAUUUGAAAUUUACAAAUUGAGAAACACCCACAUCUUCUUCA